CACAAUCUUUCUCUUUCUCUGUCAUUCUGAAGAUCUUUUUCUCUUCAAAUCUUUGUUGGUGAUUAAAAGAAAAAGCCAAAAAAAUGUUGCUUACACUAUUAAAAUCUCUCAUCGUGAUAUUCGUGACUUUGAUAUUGAGAGUCCUAUACGACACCAUAUCGUGCUACUGGCUAACACCUAGGCGAAUCAAGAAGAUCAUGGCACGGCAAGGCGUAACCGGUCCUAAACCACGCCCGUUAACCGGAAACAUCCUCGAAAUCUCGGCCAUGGUUUCAAAAUCCGUUUCUAAGGAUUGUGAUUCUAUUCACCAUGACAUCGUUGGCCGCCUUCUCCCGCAUUACGUCUCUUGGUCGAAACAAUACGGGAAGAGAUUUAUUGUGUGGAACGGGACUGAUCCUAGGCUUUGCCUAACGGAGACGGAAUUGAUAAAGGAGUUGCUGAUGAAACAUAAUGGCGGCUACGCAAGGCACAUGGUGGAGUGCACGAGCAGGCUAGUGGAAAGGUUGAGAAAAGAAGUUGGAGGAGGAGGAGGAGGUGAGGUUGAGAUAGGGGAGGAGAUGCAUCAGCUCACGGCGGAUAUUAUAUCGAGGACGGAGUUUGGAAGUAGCUUUGAGAAAGGCAAAGAGCUUUUCAACCACCUCACCGUCCUCCAACGCUGUUGCGCUCAAGCCACCCGCCACCUCUGUUUUCCAGGCAGCCGGUUUGUUCCGAGUAAGUACAACAGAGAGAUAAAGUCUCUUAAAAAGGAAGUGGAGCGUUUGUUGAUAGAGAUCAUACAAAGCCGACGAGAUUGCGCUGAGAUUGGCCGGAGCAGUUCUCACGGUGAUGACCUUCUUGGCCUUCUCUUGAAUGAAAUGGAUAGCCACAAGAACAAUAAUAAGGACAACAACAAUCUUCAGUUGAUAAUGGAUGAGUGCAAAACGUUCUUCUUUGCUGGUCAUGAGACUACCGCAUUGCUCCUCACAUGGACAAUGAUGCUCCUCGCCGAUAACCCCACGUGGCAGGAAAAAGUUCGUGAUGAGGUCAGAGAGGUAUGUGGCUGCGACGGUCUUCCCUCGGUUGAUCAACUAUCCAAGCUUACCUCGUUAAACAAAGUGAUAAACGAGUCGCUAAGACUUUACCCUCCAGCCACUCUUCUACCAAGGAUGGCAUUUGAAGAUAUACAACUAGGUGAUCUAACUAUUCCCAAAGGCUUAUCAAUAUGGAUACCGGUUCUUGCAAUCCAUCACAGCGAAGACUUAUGGGGUAAAGAUGCAAAUGAAUUCAACCCCGAACGCUUUGGAGGCAGACCAUUCGCGCCUGGCCGACAUUUCAUUCCAUUUGCAGCCGGUCCAAGAAACUGCAUCGGACAAUCAUUUGCUAUGAUGGAAGCAAAAAUAAUAUUAGCAACGCUAAUUUCGAAGUUUAACUUCACCAUAUCAAAGAAUUAUAGACAUGCACCAAUCGUUGUGCUUACUAUAAAACCUAAGUAUGGAGUUCAAAUGAUUAUGAAGCCAUUGGAUUCAUGAAGAUUUUGGGAUUAAAUGAGUUAUUUGGUUGACUAAACAUUUUUGAAAGGAAGAUUUUGGGGUUGGUGAAUUUUGAGUUACAUGAGGGAUUUUAAUUGGAAUAAGUGUUGUACAAAUAUGUAUGAGGGAAACUUAUGUUUCUUAGAAUUUUCGAAAAUAAACAUGUUAGUAAAAGCUUUUAUAUGAUAGAAAAACGAUAUUGAUGAACUUUUCCAAACUCUAGCAAUAUACCCAAAAGAUGGUGUUCUAGUGGUAAUACAAUGAUAUUGGUUUUCU